AGCACUGCUGAGGUGUACUGAAAUGCCAGAAAGAAAGGGCAAAAAACGUCCCUGCUCCCAAGGAGCUUAUAUUAUAAUUAAAUGUAAAAAGUUUUUAAAGGGUGAGAAAUUAGAAAGGUGAACUUGAAAAAACUUUCCUUUUUGUACUGAAUUCUUUACCUGUAAAAGGAUUUGUAACAGGGCAGGACUCAGAUGAUGUCUAGUUCUAGUUUUAGUUUCAGUCCAGUUCUAAUGUACUAGGUUAAAAUAUCACAGAUCUCUCUCCCCGCCCCCAAGCAGCAGAAACAAUUUCUGUGUAUAGAUCAAUUCAUAUUUUAGAGAAAAUUAAUUUAGAAAUGAGUUGUUACAGACAAUAGGAUGAUGAUGUAUCAUAGAAGUUAUAUUUCCCCCAACUUUUAUAAACUCACUCUAUUCUUUGGUACAAAGCCCCGUCCUUAUCUAUUGUUUAAUCAAAUACAGUUUCAUUUAAUUAUCCCACAAGCUGGGUAGAGAACCCGAAAAAGGUAGGCUAGCAUUAUACACCUUUAAGGCAGGGAUGUUGGGUAUGUGUAUCUUACAGGGUGGAAGUAAGGCGGAUUGUCAGAGCUUGUCUCUUUCCCUUUCCAGUAAAUAGCUACAGCUUUGGCGAAGUUCAAUUCCAGACCUACAGACUCAUUGGACUUGCUGGUUACCUGAGCCGGGGAACCACGUCAGCGCCACAUCAUCUGGGGCUUUUUAUACUGAAAGGAAACAGGAAAGGGAGAGCGAACGAGCAAGCGAGUGAGAGGAGGGGGAAAAAAAGAAAUACCAGCCAGCCAAUCACAAGGAGAACCCAAGUGCACAAAGGAGCCGGAGCCGGGAGUGGAAGGGGGAGGGCGAAGAAAGCGGGGCGAGGAGAGAGGGAACCUUUAUCUAAGCCUCUCAAACUUUGGGCGCUGCCUUGGCAAACGGGCGACGGGGGCGAGGGGAGGCGGGCUGUGUGGGUGGCAGCUGGAGAGGGGCCGCUUGAGGGGGGACCACAAGCGUCCGGGGUGAGCUCCAGGGCUACCCCAGAGUUCAUUGAGGGAUUCACUGCCUCCCACUGCAGAUCCUCUGGGCUUGCGUGCGUGAAUGUUUGUGGUUGUGCACGCGUGAGGGAGUGUGUGUGUGUGUGUGUGUGUGUGUGUGUGUGUAUUUGGGCUGGUGCGCUGGGCUCCCGGCAGUCAAGCUCGCGCUCUCUUGGGGUCUGCCGCGGCAGCGGCGGCGGCGGCGGCGGCACGCUGGGGAAGAUGCUGCAGUCCCUGGCCGGCAGCUCUUGCGUGCGGCUGGUAGAGAGACACCGCUCCGCCUGGUGCUUCGCCUUCUUGGUGCUGGGCUACCUGCUCUACCUGGUGUUCGGCGCAGUGGUCUUCUCCUCCGUGGAGUUGCCCUACGAGGACCUGCUGCGCCAGGAGCUGCGCAAGCUGAAGCAGCGCUUCCUGGAGGAACACAAGUGUCUGUCGGAGCAGCAGCUGGAGCAGUUCCUGGUGCGGGUGCUGGAGGCCAGCAACUACGGCGUUUCGGUGCUCAGCAACGCCUCGGGAAAUUGGAAUUGGGACUUCACCUCCGCUCUCUUCUUCGCUAGCACCGUACUCUCCACCACAGGUUAUGGACACACGGUACCUUUAUCAGAUGGAGGUAAGGCCUUCUGCAUCAUCUAUUCGGUCAUUGGCAUUCCUUUCACCCUCCUGUUCCUGACAGCAGUGGUCCAGCGUAUCACCGUCCAUGUUACCCGGAGGCCUGUGCUUUAUUUCCACAUCCGUUGGGGAUUCUCUAAGCAGGUGGUUGCCAUAAUUCAUGCUGUCCUGCUUGGGUUUGUGACUGUAUCCUGCUUCUUCUUCAUCCCGGCAGCAGUGUUUUCCAUCUUGGAAGAUGAUUGGAACUUUUUGGAAUCCUUUUAUUUUUGCUUCAUUUCCUUGAGUACCAUUGGCCUGGGAGAUUAUGUUCCUGGAGAAGGCUAUAAUCAGAAAUUCAGGGAACUGUACAAGAUAGGCAUCACAUGUUACCUAUUAUUGGGCCUCAUUGCCAUGCUAGUAGUACUGGAAACCUUCUGUGAACUCCACGAGCUCAAAAAGUUUAGAAAAAUGUUCUAUGUGAAGAAGGAUAAGGACGAAGAUCAGGUCCACAUCAUGGAACAUGACCAGCUCUCCUUCUCUUCCAUCACAGAUCAAGCUGCAGGCCUGAAAGAAGAUCAGAAACAGAACGAGCCUUUUGUGACAGCUCAGGCAUCCACUUAUACUGAUGGCUCAGCAAACAAUUAAAAGUAGGGUCCCUUCCUCCCAUCAUCUUAGCACACUAAUGUUCCUACAAUCAGAAAUAGAAAAAAAGCCUUUGUUCAUUUUUAUGGAAAUGUAAAAGCCAAGAUGAUGAUGCCAUUUAAGCAGAUAUCCAUUAUUCCAGGUAUUAAAAACAAACAAAAAAACAAGCUUGGGUUCAGUUGGAAAAUGUAGUAUCUGAGGAGAGGGAAUCUCCACCAGUAAUAUGUUUUGUGACAAAUAAGACUGGGCUUUAUAUAUAGAUGAAAAAAGUCCAAAACAAUGACACUGUGGAGAGGUUGAUAAUACUUAUCAAGAAACAGGUUUUGUACUUUUAAUUGAGAAAUUUUGGGUUUGUCUUUGAAUCAUUUAGCAGCUGCAUAGCAAAACUUUAUAUUUAAGAGAGAGCUUGGAUUGCUAAUGUGUUUUAUAAUUACAUUCCCGUGUACUGUUUGCAUGAGCCCAUUCAAAGUGAUUAUUUUUGUAGAACCUAAGUUAAGACCUACUAUUUAUAAUGAAUGUUUAACUAAAACAUGUGUACAUAGAAAGUAUAAAUAUGUUUAUAUCCUGUGUAUAUAUAAGUAUAUAUGUGUGUGUAUAUAUGGUAGGUCCCUAAAUUCAGUGAACUUCCUACACCUGAAUUGUAGAUAGAUUUUGACUUCUUCCUUUAUAUAAGAAAUAACUCAGAAUUGCUACAUUUGAUAAGUGAAUGAAAUUGAAUUAUGUUUAGGACUGACUACGGAGAGUAUUGAGCUGCAAGAAAUAAUUUUGUCUUGCAGUAGUAUUUUGUGAAAUGUCUGAAUCAUUUGUAAAAGUUUCUUUAUUUGUGACCAAGGAAUGAAGGGUGUCAUUUGUUACAAAAGUUGAUUGCUAAAGAUAGUUUUGUAAGGUUUUUUGUGAUUUGUAAUCAUUUAAUUUUUUAAAAGCACAGAACUUUCAACCAAAAAAAUAUAAAACAAAGGUUUGGUUAAACUAAUUCAGUUAAUUGUCUAAAAUUCAUAAGAUAGAAAAAAACAGAAGUGUAUGGCCGGUGGCUACGCUUAGUAUCUUUUAUGUCAGGGAAAACUUUAACAGAAUCUCUAUGGGCUCUCUUCACUCCUGUGUAGAAACUAUAAAAUUAGCAAAUGAUGCCCUAAGAGGAAAAAUAUAAAAAUUUCAAGUAGGAAAAAUAAACAGUAUCAUGUGUGCUAACUAAUGCUCAGUGACAGGGUAAGCAAUUCUUAUCUUUUUUGUAUGUUAUGCCAUUUAGGGAUGCUGAAAUUAGAAUGGUUGUGGACUUGACUGUUAGAAAAAAAAGAGCACUUUUAGGUGACUCAUUUCAAGCCAAUUUGUUACAAUUUGGCCUCUUUAUGAAAGGGCUAACCUAUAUUUAAAACACACAUAAUAUAUACACACACAUAAUUACAUUAUGUGCCACAACAAGCUAACCCAUUUCUCAUUUGAUUGAUCACUUUCAAGACAGUCUCUGAAAAUGGGGUCUUCUAGUUCCCAUUGUACUUUUAUUUUAUAGAAAAUCAAAGUUUUUAUCAAAUAGAAAUAGAAUCCAUUCCAAGGUGUUCUGUUGAGUCUGUGAUAGAAUUCCAGUGGCCAAUUUCUAUCCUGGUGAAAUAGUUUCAUCAGCAGAAUUUUUUGUUCAAGGCUUAAAUCCAAAGACUUUUGUCAGAUCUCCUUGAAACUGAAUCCCAUUACCCCACAGACUUAUUAUAUUUCUUGGUGUUCCAUUACAUAUUCACCUUGCCGUUGUAGAGGAGAAACGACCCCAUGCAAGGGGAAAUUAUUGGCUUAGUGACAAAUUGAGAGAGUAGAGAAACAUAUUUUGGAUAUAAAAGGGAUGAAAUAGUUGACAAUCCAUCGUUGAUUGGCACAAAAUGAAGGCUAGUGCUGAUGAAGAAUAUAAAUCAAAGUAAUGAUAAGUGACACUUGGGUGGUGUGCUGACAUUUUAUUAGAUGUAGCAAAUGGCUUUUGUUAGCCACAGCUGUCUGGCUUUAGUGAGAGAAAGGAGUUUAUAAAUAUGAUGAAAGAGGAGGAGGAGUAGAAGGAGGAGAAGAGCUUGCAAAGGUUACUAUGUAUCAGAAUGGCAUUAAUAGAGUACUUCAUGUUCCAUAUAUUCUUGACACAUUAUUAAUUCUUUCAAAAUUAUGGUGUAAUUUCUUUACAUGUAUGGGAAGUGAGGGGAAAAGGAAGAAAGUUAUUACUUUUUUCAAAUGGGAAUUUAAGGGAAGAGUUUUUUCUGCAAUCAUUCACUGCAUCAGGCAUCAAUAGCAUUCUUAUUGCCUUUAUAUAAGUGGUGGAAUGAGGUGGGAUGUUGGAAAAAUGUAGCCAGGAAUGGAACUGGGUGAUAGGCUUUGAUGGGGUCCUGAGGGAUGAAACCUUGGAACUGUUCCUACUUUCUGACAUUUGAUGCCCUCUUAUAAGGGAAACAAAAGUAAAAAAAAUGUUUCAUAGUCUGUGGGGUAGUAUAGAUUCUGAAGAAGGGCAUUCUAGAUAGUGUGCUCAGGACAAAAGAUGGCUGUUUUGUUACAAGAUGUUUUUGAAUUGGGGCAUUUCUACUAAAACAGAAUAUCAGAGAUUGCUGUCCUUAGGAAAAGAAAGGAGAACUAUGAAAAAAAAUUGGUUUGGGAAGUUGACUAGUAUGGUAUAACUAAUGUCCUCUGCUGAGGAGAAAGGACAAAGUCUUAUGGGAAGUAUUCUGGGAAUGAAAGAAAAUGUCCUUUUGAAUGUAGAUCUGAAGAGUUCUGAAUAAGAGGUUGUCCUAGAAUGUUUUAAGGCAAAUUCUCUGAGGAGAGGGUAGUCAGAAGAAGGAUCAAGUAGUUGUCUUGAGGGUAAUAUGACUCAGUGGAAGGUUAUAUUCUUUAUUAUAAAAUAGACAUGGUCAUCUUUCCACAUGCCACCCUCAUGUGCCUUUAUGAAAAUGAAUAAAAUCACACCACAUAUAUUAUGGACCUUCAGAUCCUGAGGUGAAGGGAAAACCAGCAAAUGUAAAUUUCCAAUUUUUUUUUACCCCCUUUGGUCAUCCAGAUCACCCAAAACACUUAUAUAAAUAGGAAUUAACAUUAAAGAGCCAGCAGUAGUUCACUGUUUAUAAUUCAGAAUUCUGUGAACAUUAUUUCCUGCUUGUGUGGUAUGUUCAUUUGGUGUUGUGAUCCACUCUUUUCUGUAGAGCAUCCAGGCUAAGAAAAUAUUUGGUCAAUGUUGAUGUCAACUUUAGAUAAAAAAAGUGAAAUAAUCAUUUUGCACGUCACAUCAGGAACUGUUUCUGUUCAACCUAUCAUCCCUCUGUGAAUUUAGUUUAAAAAAAUUUUUUUGAUUACAUUUUAAAAACUGAGAUAAUAAAAGCAUUGCCAUUGACCUUA